UUUAAGGCCCGUAGCGUAGGUAUUGGUAGAAUCUUUUAUGUACUUGGACUAAUGGCUUCUUGUCAAAUGCAGACUAAUUUCGUUUUAUCCUCGAUUCUACGGACAUAAAGUACCUUUUAAGCUUUGUCCAGUUUCCUAAUCCGUACUCUUGGAAACCUCGUAAGUAGUACAGUUUAAGCAAAAUAAUUGCACAAAACAAGCCUAUUUUAAAUGCUGGCUACACUUUUCUGUACCGUAUUGUUCGUUGCUUCAAUUUUCAGUUCCCUCCUCCCCUUUCGUGCACCUGUGUGUUCAUCUUUAACGGCCAUAUAAUGCCCAAAAAAUAAUUAAGUGCAGAAAACCCACCUCCAAGUGUUCGACGAAAUGCCUGAACGAUGGUUAUUCUCAUUACAACCCAAACUAACAUAACCAAAUUCUACAACCCUUUAUUGCAUUUGAAUAAUCGAAUGAUCCCUUCUCUGAUUUUUGUACUUAAUGCCAAAAAAGGGACUCGAAGUAAUAAAAACUUUGCAAUCUUUAGCCGUUCUUAUGGGUUUCUUGAAAUGAAAAGGACGAGGAACUUCGAGGACGGUAAUUGUAGCUCUUGGUGUAAACAGAUUGAAAGUGACGCAGAAUUGGAGGCUGAAAUAAUGGAGUUUAUGGAGAAAUCUGAGAAGCCAACGAUGUUUCCGACAAAGAAAGAUUUGGUAAGAGCCGGAAGAGUGGAUUUGAUGGAGGCUAUAAAGAAGAGAGGUGGGUGGUAUUCACUUGGUUGGGAGGAUGAUAAUGAGAAAAAUGUGGGGGAGAAUGUAGAAGAGGAUAUAGAUUUUGACGUUGGAGAGUUUCAUAAGAGAGUUGAGAGUUGUAAAGAGAUUGCUGCUGUGGGAGAAAAUGAUGUUAAUUCUUUUUCUGGGGAUUCUUUGGUCGAAAACGAAGAGAGAUUAUCUUCUGGAAAUCCAAAUUCUUUGCAGCUGACUUCAUCAUCGGGUAGAUCACUAGAAAUUGGGGCAGAGGAAGAUACUGGAAUUAAGGGAAUAUUGAGUAGAUUGGAGAAGCAGAGGAAUACAGAUUUUGGAAUUAAUUUAGGCAAAUAUGGAUAUCAAACUCAAUCCUCAAGUACAGAUGAAAGGAAUGAUUGGUAUUUCCGAAUACCUAUAGAUGAAGACAGCACUGAUGCUGGGGAAAGCACCAGAUUCACGUCAAGUAUUCCCACCAAAGGUGUAGUUCAUAACUCAGGAGGCAAGAUUACCCCCAAUAUUCAGCCAGAAACAUGGAGAACUUGGAGCAUUCAGCGGGAAGGCUUCCAAUAUACCGAAUUUGAAGCCGCUGAGAUUUCAUACAGCAAAAAUCAGGUGGAACAAAAUAAAGAAGCUGUGAAAACUGGAAUAACUGCGAGUACUGAGAAUAACCCUGAAGCUCUGGAUGGAUAUGUGAUCAAUCACAAUCAGAUACGAACUCGUCUUCGGCACCUGGAAUGUGAGCUUAACACAGCUCUUCACUCCUUGAGGUCUAAAAGAGAGUGCAUAUUUGACGAGGUUUGUGGAAGCUCCUCCAGUGAUUUGCAAAUGCUUUCUGAUGCAUGGGAGCUCAAAGAGAAUGAGUACAUGAAUGCCCAGCAGAGAUUGCGAUCGAUCCGAGCGAAGCUUGCUGUAUUAGAGGGGAAAAUGGCAUUAGCAAUAAUUGAUGCACAGAGGAUUGUGGAAGAGAAGCAGAAGAGUAUUGAUGUUGCACAUAAAGCAUUGCAACUUCUUCGUACUGCCUACAUAGUUUGGCCUAAUUCAGCUUCAGAGGUUCUCUUAGCGGGUUCUUUUGAUGGUUGGACAAGUCAGAGAAAGAUGGAGAAAUCAAGGACAGGCAUCUUCUCAGUGUGCCUCAAGCUCUAUCCAGGUAGAUACGAGAUCAAGUUUAUUGUUGAUGGCAUAUGGAAAGUUGAUUAUCUACGUCCCAUCGUCCACAAUAAUGGCUAUGCAAAUAACCUUCUUAUUAUCACAUGAAGCCACAAAGUAUGAGGGCAGCAACACUAGUCGAAUGAUCAUUUUGUAGCCCCAGUUUGGUUUAGAUUUUUAGCGGAACCAAACAUGGGCAUAAUCCCUCUUUAUCACCUGCAGGGAGUGUGUGCAUAACAACAUGCUUAGGAUCAUGUAUUUUACUAACAGGCUAUAAGCUUUUGACAUCACCCUAUUCUUGUUCUUUGUAUUGUGUAUAUUGGCUGAAGAGUUUGAAGUACUGAUAGAAUCAUUUUUUUCCCUUAA